UUGUUGUAAUUCGAAGAUUUUAAUUUCAUUUGAUUAUACUGAACCGAGAUGAGCCAUACAAUAUCAGCGGAGCCAGUGAUGGCCGGAGGCAAACGGGCCCCUAAGAGCGCCGCCGUGAAGAACAAAAUGCCGGCGGAGCAGCAAAUCACAGCGGAACAACUGAUGCGAGAAGCGAAGGAGCGUGAGCUGGAGGUGCUGCCUCCGCCUCCGAAGCAGAAGAUUCAAGAUCACGAGGAGCUGCAGUCGUACCAGUUGAGGAAGAGAAAGGAGUUUGAAGACAACAUCAGAAAGAACAGGAGCAACAUCGUGAACUACAUGAAGUAUGCCAAGUGGGAGGAGUCAAUGGGGGAGACGCAGCGGGCGAGGAGUGUGUACGAGAGGGGGUUGGACAUGGAUCACAGGACAGUGACCACUUGGCUCAAGUACGCCGAGAUGGAGAUGAAACAUAAGCAGAUCAAUCAUGCGCGCAAUAUCUGGGACCGUGCAGUCUCAAUUCUGCCCCGAGUGAACCAGUUCUGGCUCAAGUACACCUACAUGGAGGAGAUGCUUGGCAAUGUAACAGGUGCUCGGCAGAUUUUCGAGCGGUGGAUGAAGUGGCUUCCUGAGGAGCAGAACUGGAACACUUACAUCAACUUCGAGCUCAGAUACAAGGAGUUCGAAAACGUCAGAUCUAUCUACGAACGACUAAUCGUCCACCUGAUAGAUGUGAAACACUGGAUCAAGUAUGCCAAGUUCGAGGAGCGUCAUGGCUACGUAAACAGAGCGAGAGCUGUGUACGAGAGGGCGGUGGAGUUCUUUGGGGAGGUGGAGUUGGAGGAGUCUCUCUUCGUCGCAUUCGCUCAGUUCGAAGAACGACAAAAAGAGCAUGAGCGGGCUAGAAUUAUCUACAAGUAUGCACUGGACCGGAUUCCGAAGGAGGAGUGUCUGCAACUAUUCAAGAACUACACCAUCCAUGAGAAGAAGUUCGGAUCCAGGGACAGUGUAGAGAACGUUAUCAUCAGCAAACGCAGAUUUCAAUACGAAUCAGAAAUUGCCUCUAAUCCCCUCAACUACGACGCAUGGUUCGACUUCUUACGUCUAAUGGAGACAGAAUGUGACUCUACUGAGGAGAUCAGAGACGCAUAUGAGAGAGCUAUUGCCAAUGUGCCUCCUCUGGCGGAGAAACGGAGCUGGAGAAGAUACAUAUACCUGUGGAUCAACUACGCAAUAUUCGAAGAGCUGCAAGCUAAGGACACAGAUAGAUGUCGCGAGGUGUACAAGACCUGUCUGGAGAUCAUACCUCACAAGAAGUUCACAUUCGCCAAAAUGUGGAUCAUGUUUGCGCACUUCGAAGUGAGACAGAAACAAGUCACCACUGCCAGGAAAAUCAUGGGUCAAGCAAUUGGUAGGUGUCCGAAAGAGAAACUGUUCAAUGCUUAUAUUGAGUUAGAGCAACAACUGAGAGAAUUUGACAGAUGCAGAAUCCUGUACCAGAAGUUUCUCGAGUUCGCACCAGAAAACUGCAACACGUGGAAGAAGUUUGCUGAACUGGAGAGUGUUCUGGGCGACACUGAUAGAGCACGUGCACUGUACCAACUGGCAGUGAAACAACCCAUUCUAGACAUGCCAGAGCUAGUCUGGAAGGCAUUCAUUGACUUCGAAAUAGAACAGGAAGAGUAUGAACGUGCGAGGCAACUCUACCGCAUUUUACUGACAAGGACUAGACAUGUUAAGGUCUGGAUCAGUCUGGCUCGUUUUGAGGCCACCCUGGAAGAUGUGUCGAAUGAAGAGGGAGAGGAAGGGCAAGGGACAAGCAGUAGGGCAGUGGAGAAGGCGAGGGAAGUGUUUAAAGAGGCGAACAAGUGUCUGCGGAUGGAGGAAGCAGACAGUGAACAGAGACUGAUGUUGCUUCAGCAUUGGAAGCAGUUCGAGCAAGAAAAAGGUGACGAAGUGUCCCAAACUGCAGUUAACGAACUGAUGCCAAAGCGGAUCAAGAAGCGGAGAAAAAUGCUGACUGAAGAUGGGGUGGACGCUGGUUGGGAGGAGUACUUUGACUACAUUUUCCCCGAUUCCGCCGGAUCCCGAAGUCUGCAGAGCAACAUAAGGUUACUUGAAAUGGCAAAGAAAUGGUCGAAUAUGAACAAGGGGAUGAAGAAAAGUGGAAAUAACAAUGAAGAGAAUGAUGCUGACGACGACGACACUGACAGUGAUGAAGAUGAUGGUGAUGAUAAUAACCAGAACUGUCGUAUAGGAGGAAAUGAAGACUCGGAUUCGGAUUUGAGUUAUGAAGAUGAAGAUAAUAAUGACGGUGAAAGUGACAGCGAAAAAAUGGCGUCUUCUCCUGUGAAGAAACAAAAGUUAGAGCGCUGUGAAGAUAGUAACGCUGAAAGCUCAAUAAAUGCUGCCAAUGAUGAAGAAAAUUAUAACUAGUAAAUGACACAGGAAGCGCUGAAAAAGCAAACGAAUAGCCGUUUAACAACUCAAUUGUAGCACAGCUUCAGGUUACGUAUUGACUGUGCAUUGUUGGCGCCAAUUUUUUUCAGAUGAAAAACUUGAUGGAGCGGAAAUCAACGGAGGCAAAAGGAAAGCAAACUUCAAAACGGGCUUCUAUUGUUUUUGUCCAAUGUUUGUGAUAUUUUGUGGUUCAGGGAGGAGUGA